AUAUUGUGCUAAUAUUUAGAUUCUAGAUUUCAUAUAUUUGCAAGUAUGUCAGAUCAAAAUAACAUCAAAGUGUACUGCCGAGUGCGUGGGCUGACUGAUUAUGAUGAAGAAAUUAAAGAAAGCAGUUAUAGAUUCCCUAAAGAUAGAUCAGUUUUUCACUUGUCUACGGUGUUCUUGAAGGCUACAACGGCACCAUACUUGCUUAUGGUCAAACAUCAACUGGAAAGACAUUCACCAUGGAGGGUGACGUAGCAAAUAUGGAUAAAUUUGGAAUCAUACCACGUGUAGCCCAGGAUAUUUUCAACCAAGCUGAGUCCACACUUGACUCAAAAUGUGAAAUAAAGAUUUCAUUUUACGAGAUAUAUCUGGAAAGAAUCCAUGACUUGUUUAAUGACUCACAAAAGAGGAAUUUAAAAGUGUAUGAUGACAAGAAAAAUUUGCCUUUUAUAGUAGGAGGCACUGAGAUCUGUGUGGAAAGUGUCAGCGAGUUAAUGAACCACUUUUGCAAAGCAAAACUGAAGAGGCAGAUUGCUGCUACAGAUGCGAACGAGGUAAGUUCAAGGAGCCAUACUAUCUUCCAGAUAGUUGUUAAACAAGAGAACAUUGCAACUAAGAAAAAGUUACUUGGCAAACUACUGUUAGUUGAUUUAGCUGGCAGCGAAAAGGCCUGGCAGAAAGAUCAGAAUGGUUCAGCAAUUAAACGUCAGUCAACAUACAUCAACAAGUCACUUUCAGUUCUAACCAAAGUCAUAUCCCUAUUGUCUGAAGGAAAAAAAACAGUUAUACCUUACAGAGAAAGUAUUCUCACUCGAUUGCUAAAGGAAAGCUUGGGAGGAAAUUCACAGACGGCCAUCAUCAUUUGUGUCAAUCCUUUCUCGGAAUUGGAAACAAAAUUGUCAUUGGAGUUUGGAUCCAGGGCAAAAGUAAUACAAAAUAAUUUGCAUCCAAAUUUGAAGAAUAAUGAAGACAAAUUGAAUCGAUUUUCGAGUAACAUUGAGAUGUACUUAAGAGAAACUGUAUCGGAACUAAAGAGAUGGAGAAGUGGUGAGACUGUUCCAAUUGCUGAGUGGACUGCACUUAAUGAUGGCAAUGUAGGAGAUGAUUCUCUUUUGGAUUCAUCUCUAAUGAGUUCGCCUGACACUGAAGUAUCUUCAGUAUUUGAUGAGACAGAUGACAGUCUUGUUUUAUCUGAACAACAGCAGCAGGACCCAGACAUUCAACCCAAGCUAUCUGAAAUCGAUAUCGAAAUGAAAAAGAUGAAAUCUCUAAAUGAUCAAUACAUGAAACAGCUGGCUGAAACAAAAGAGGAGUUGGAUUUUUACAUAGAGGUAUGCACAAGUCACAGACGAAAAUGUUGGGUGCUUAACGAAGUGUUUCUGUCUGACACGAAAAUGUUCCAAUCUCAGGAAGCAUCUGACGAAUCGAAUGACUGUGCAAACUCUGAAGAAUUCGAAGCAGAGAACGAUUCUUUUCAAGAGGAUGAAGUCCAAUUUUCAUUGUUCGGUGCAAAGAUUGCAGAUAUAAAUAAAGGCAUCGAAAGCCUAACUUCAGAAUUAUCUGAGCAGAUGCAAUAUUUAACCAAGAUGAGAGUUUCGCAAGAGCAAAGAAUCGACGAACUCACCCAGGAAAAGUCUGAUACAUUGGAUGAAAAUGAAUGUUUCCGUAGAGCAAUAGGUCUGUUAAUGGAAUCUCACGCUAUGGAAAAGCAAUCUCUGAGAGCAGAAGUGGACAAACUGCACGAUGAAAUGAAACGGGAGAAGCUCGAACUAAAUAAGGAGUAUUCUAGAAUGAUUCAGAUCAAAGAAUCACAUGACUGUUUGCAAAGUACUCUUGAGGAUAUGUCAGGUGCCUUGAACAGCAAAGAAGAAGAGAUUAAAUUUUUGAAACGAGAAUUAGAAAGCGAAAAAAUUCGAAACGUAGAAAUUUCCAGCAAAAUAAAUAUAGUGCUUUUGGAAAAAACAAAUGUGGAGCUCUUAUUAAUGGAGAAGACACGAGACCUUUGUGAUCAAUCCUUGAAAAAUAUGAAAUAUUUUUCAGGCGAAUCAGAAAUUGUUAAACAUGAUGAAGUGAACGCCAAUGACGAAACUUCAUUUGCAGCUACCCUCUUGUAUGGAGGUAUGUGGAUAUACAAUGAUGAUUUGACAAGAGUUUCGUACUCCCAACUAAAUAGUGCUUCAGAAAAUCAUCCGAACUGCACGGAUUAUUUUGAUGAUCCGUAUUUAGUUAAUUCAAUGGACGGAAACUACGAAUUAAUGAACAUCAACGAAAUCGACGGAAAAAUCAAUAAAGACGGGCAAAAUAUUGAAGAAUCUUUAAAGAAAUUUGAUCUCCCGGAACGAAGCGAAUUCGUUGGUGAUUGUUCUAAAUUAUUAGAUGCUACGACGGUAGUUGAUGAUAUUGCCAACAUAAAAACAACGAAUAAGUCAAUUGAUGUUAAUUCAGGGGAAAUGAGUGGUAAAUUAAAGGAAAUAAGCAUCAAUAAAUCCCCACCAGGUCAAGAACCAGCUGAACAACCAGAAAUGAAGACAAAACCAACUGAAGAGUUCGAUGACGAAAUUUUAUUUUCAGCUACCCUCUUGUAUGGAGGUAUGUGGUUAUACAAUGACGAUUUGACAAGAGUUUCGUAUUCUCAACUAAAUAGUGCUUCAGAUAAUCAUACGUACUGCACGAAUUAUUUUGAUGAUCCGUGCUUAGUUAAUUCAAUGAAUGGAAACUACGAAUUAAUGAACAUCAACGAAAUCGAUGGAAAAAUCAAUAAAGACGGGCAAAAUGUUGAAGAAUCGUUAAUGGAAUCAAAUCUCCCGGAAUUAAACGAAUUCAUUGAUGAUGGUUCUGAAUUCUUAGAUGCUACGACGGUAGUUGAUGAUAUUGGCAAUAUAAAAACAACGAAUAAACCAAUUGAAGUUAAUUCAGGGGAAAUGAGUGGUAAAUUAAAGGAAAUAAACAUCAAUAAAUCCCCACCAGGUCAAGAACCAGCUGAACAACCAGAAAUGAAGACGGAACCAACUGAAGAGUUCGAUGACGAAAUUUUAUUUGUAGCUACCCUCUUGUAUGGAGGUAUGUGGUUAUACAAUGACGAUUUGACAAGAGUUUCGUAUUCUCAACUAAAUAUUGCUUCAGAUAAUCAUCCGUACUGCACGAAUUAUUUUGAUGAUCCGUGCUUAGUUAAGUACAUGAAUGGAAACUGCGAAUUCUACGAAUUAAUGAACGUCAACAAAAUCGACGGAAAUAUCAAUAAGGACUGGCAAAAUAUUGAAGAAUCUUUAAAGAAAUUUGAUCUCCCGGAACGAAGCGAAUUCGUUGGUGAUUGUUCUAAAUUAUUAGAUGCUACGACGGUAGUUAAUGAUAUUGGCAACAUAAAAACAACGAAUAAACCAAUUGAUGUUAAUUCAGGGGAAAUGAGUGGUAAAUUAAAGGAAAUAAGCAUCAAUAAAUCCCCACCAGGUCAAGAACCAGCUGAACAACCAGAAAUGAAGACAGAACCAACUGAAGAGUUCGAUGACGAAAUUUUAUUUGCAGCUACCCUCUUGUAUGGCGGUAUGUGGUUAUACAAUGACGAUUUGACAAGAGUUUCGUACUCCCAACUAAAUAGUGCUUCAGAAAAUCAUCCGAACUGCACGGAUUAUUUUGAUGAUCCGUGUUUAGUUAAUUCAAUGGAUGGAAACUACGAAUUCAUGAAAAUCAACGAAAUCGACGGAAAAAUCAAUAAAGACUGGCAAAAUAUUGAAGAAUCUUUAAUGAAAUCAAAUCUCCCGGAAGUAUUCAUUGAUGAUUGUUCUAAAUUAUUAGAUGCUACGACGGUAGUUGAUGAUAUUGGCAACAUAAGAACAACUAAUAAACCAAUUGAAGUUAAUUCAGGGGAAAUGAGUAUUAAAUUAAAGGACAUAAGCAUCAAUAAAUCCACACGAGGUCAAGAACCACCUGAACAACCAGAAAUGAAGAUGGAACCAAUGGCUGAAGAGUUUGACGAUGUCUUUAGAAUUACGAGCUUUUCAACGUCUGAGCUAUGUUUCCCACAACGUUCUGAAGAAGAUGAAUAUGAAGCUAGAUCUGUCAACAAUCGAAUCUUGGAUAUAAUUCUACUGUUUAUUUGUUUAUGGUUAUGCGUUCUUUGUUAUGGCUCUUAAUUCGUUAAAUCUUCAAAACAUUUUAUCACAUAAAAUUAUAGUAGCUGUAAUACAUACGCAUACGAUCAGCAUGAAUGUUUCCCUGGAACCUAUAAAAAGGGCAUGUAAAUUUUUCUUAAUAAAAAUAUCUUUAAAUUAA